AUGGGUGCUGCUUACACUAUAUUCGGGAGACAAGUCCCAUCUCAUAUUGUAUGUAUUAAGGUAGCGAUUGCGGGUUGAAAUCGAGAGUGAAUAAGUACUGGAAGUAUCCAUAGCUUUGAUCAAUAAAUUAACGAUAAAGAGGACCAUGAAUUCAAUUUCCUUUACUCUUAUAGAAUAUUGAUUGACUAACCGAAACAGCUUUCUAUUGCCACUUUAGGUGCUGCUGCAGCUGUUGUUGCAUGGCCUCGUGCUAAGAAGGAAACUCCACCAGCCCAAGCUGCUCCUGUUGCCCAAACCAAAGAAGAAGACUUUGACUUGGAGAAAUUCUUAAAGUAUGUAUACAUUAAUAUAAUUAAUUAA